UUGUCAUGGUGGAUAUUUGUUGGUAAUCAUCUUCGAUCUGGAAUAUUUCGACAAUAUAAAGCAAAUUUUCUGAAAGAUUGGUUAGACUGUAGAUAUUUUUAUGCAGUUAUUGGAAUGCAUCCUAGAAGCGAUAUGGAUAUAUCACUUUUUAUCGAGCCGCAAACAGGAAUAGUUUUGCAAGCUCUUCAACUCAUCCAAAUCAAUGCAAUUGUCGCCCGAAAUAAGAAUUUCAAUGAAUUGGCCAAGCUGCGCAAUCUCACUUAUCUACCCUUGGGUUAUAUCAACACAUCAAUCUUUGUGUCUGACUCAGUAGCUCGCACUCUCAUUACCACUUUGUUUAUUCCUCAAAUGUCAAUCAGCGUUGUUGGGUCUAUAAUGGUGACGGGAAGCUUGCUAACUAUUUUGGUAAUCAGCGGAAUUAUGUUCGCGAUUACAGACUUUAUUAUAUUUAUCAUUAGCCCUUAA